AUGAAACUGGAUAGUAUAGACAUUACACACUGUCAGUUGGUCAAAUCUACUAGAACUGCUAGGAUUUAUAGGUCGGAUACAUAUGCCAUUAAAUGUCUAGCACUAGAUUUCGAUAUCCCGCCACAUAACGCCAAAUUCGAAGUAUCGAUAUUAAACAAACUGGGCAACAAAUGUAAGCACAUCUUACCUCUUCUAGAGUCUAAGGCUACCGAUAAUAAUGACCUAUUGUUGUUGUUUCCCUUUGAAGAGAUGAACCUUUAUGAGUUCAUGCAAAUGCACUAUAAAAGAGAUAGAAGAAAAAAAAAUCCCUAUUACGAUUUGCUAAAUCCCAGUAUCCCAAUUGUUGCGGACCCCCCCGUUCAGAAAUAUACUAAUCAAUUGGACGUCAAUCGGUAUUCUUUGUCCUUUUUCCGGCAAAUGGUUGAAGGGAUUGCAUUCUUACAUGAGAACAAGAUCAUUCACCGCGACAUCAAACCGCAAAAUAUCAUGCUAACAAACAAUACCAGCACCGUAUCCCCAAAGUUGUACAUAAUUGAUUUUGGCAUCUCUUAUGACAUGGCAAAUAACUCACAAACAAGUGCGGAACCCAUGGAUAGCAAGGUGACGGAUAUAAGCACAGGAAUUUACAAGGCCCCAGAAGUGCUUUUUGGAGUAAAAUGCUAUGAUGGUGGCGUGGACGUGUGGUCGUUGUUGAUAAUUAUUUCUCAGUGGUUCCAGAGAGAAACAAGCCGUAUGGGGCACGUUCCGGCCAUGAUUGAUGACGGCAGCGACGACAUGAACUCAGAUGGAAGCGAUUUCAGACUGAUUUGCUCAAUAUUCGAAAAGUUGGGCAUACCGUCCAUUCAGAAAUGGGAAGAGGUUGCGCAACACGGCUCGGUUGAUGCAUUUGUUGGUAUGUUUGGUGCAGAUGGCGAUGGCAAGUAUGUACUGGACCAGGAGAAAGAUGUACAGAUUAGCAUUGUUGAGAGGAAUAUGCCUCGACUGGACGAGAUUGCGGAUGUCAAAGUCAAGCAGAAGUUCAUUAAUUGUAUCCUGGGGAUGGUUUCAUUUUCACCAAACGAAAGAUGGAGCUGUCAAAGAAUCUUGCAAGAAUUAGAAAAGCCAUAA